AUAAUUUCAUGAUAACCUUGUUGACGGGUAUCGCGGAUUCCCUUUCCCAGUUUUUGCGACUUUGCAGACGAAAACAAACAUGUCGGCACGUGGAGGACAGUGGAUUGCAGCAGGUGCUCUGGUUAUUGUGGGACUUGGGAUAAUAAUUUAUUUGAGUCGAAAGCCGAGGAAAAAGCCGGGGAAUUUUCCGAAUCCCAGUGGAAAAAGUGAAAGUCAGAAGACGGUUGAUUCUAAAUCAAGCAAUGCAUUAACAACUGUGUCUAACAAAACUCAAGAGAAAAACAAUUCUCAUCAAAUUACUGAACAUGCUGCUGCUGAAUUGAAUUCGGAGAAAGUUAGAUCUCCACAAAAAGUUGAAGAUUCUAACUCUGGGACGAAUGAAUCUAAAAAGCCAGACGAUGAAAAGAAAAGAAAAACACAGGUCCCAAAAUCUCUUCAGCAAACGAAAGACAUUAAACCUGCUAUAGAAAAGCCAUUGACAGCAGAAAACACCAAUGUCCUUGCCUCAUCAUCAAAUGUAUAUUCUCCUUUGCCAAGUCCUGGAAAUGACACUAAAACAGAGAAAAAUGAACCAAAAGACAAGGCCAUUUCUCCUGACAAAUUUUGCGAACGGUUUGAAAAAACAGCACCACCUGAGUCUGAGAAAACAAUUUCAUUAAAAGCCAGUCAGGCUAAAUCAGAGGCAACAAAAACCACAGUUAAGAAGACAUCAGUCACUCCCAGUGAAGAUAUUCAGGUUCAGACAGUAACCGCUGGACCAGUUUUGUCCCCAAAUACAAACUCUGCCCAAUCACCGCCAGGUGGGGCCAUCAAAUCACAGAAUUUACCCUCAGAACCAGUCCUUUCUCCAACUUCCACCUUCUCUCAGUCACAGCAAGGUGGAGCCUCCAAUUCACAGAAUUUGCCUGCUGGACCAACCUUGUCUCCACCAUCACCAAAUACACAAAUAGUUCCUGAUCAACCCCAAAAGUCUGCACAAGAUUGUCACGUACCUAAAACAAAGAGUUUCUCCACUGAAGAGAUCACAGACACACUGUUACUUGCCCAGAAUUCCCCCGGCAUGUUAUCUGCUCAAAAUGCGGAGGUUUUGGUCUCCAUUCUUACACAUCCUGAUCCUUCACUUCAACUCUCAGCUCUGAUGGGUAUCAACAAAUGCUCGACUUUUACAAGAAAUCAGAAUCUCCUAAGAGAAUAUGGCUGUUUGCCACAGCUAAGUUGUUUAUUGCGACAACAAGUACAGGGCCUCUCCAACAUGUCACAGAAUGCCUCAGCAAGUGAAGGAGACCCAGAGAAAUCCGCAAAAACGCCAGACAAAGUGUCCGAAAAGUUCAUGAAUCUUCUGGCUACUGCUAUCAACAACUUGUCCUCCAAUGAACAAAAUCACAAGCAGUUUGAGGACUGCGUGCCGAUGUUGGUUGACAUCGCUUUAGAGGAGGAAACAGGUGAAUCCGUGCGUUUGUCAUCGCUUCAAGCUCUCACCAACCUCUCCGUGAUGGAUCACCACCACAGCCACUACACGCGAAUUGUCCAAAAAUUGUAUGACUUCCUGGACGACCAGAGUUUAGGUAUCCGGCUACAAGCGGUCAAGAUCCUCGUCAACCUCUCCUGUAACCCAGAACUGGUGCCACACAUGCUGGCAGCUAAGGCGCCUUCCUGUGUUCUGGAGUUACUGAGGAUAGGGGCUGACGAGUCAUUGAUCCUCCGGUGGACCACGUUUCUUGCCAACAUCCUCCACACAGUGAAAGAGGCACACCUGUCUGCCUCAUCCCUACCCCCGAACGACAAAGCCCCCAGCCCAGAGACAAUGUACUCCGCCCUGUACAGCAUGAGCAACAUCGGACAGAUAAAGUCAAAGGUGUUCUUACUGUGUCGUCAUCGAAACGAGGACAUCAAACUGCAGGCCUCUAGAAUUUACCAGACAUUGAAUGCAAAGUAAAGUGCAUUAUGACAUUUGAGCGAUUGUAUGUUUUGAUAGAAUUUUAUUUGCUAGAGAGGAAGACUGCAUGGUGAACUAUCUGUUCUACAGUAAGAUUUUCUGAAUGAUUUUGUUGUGAAAUACUGCAUUUCUUACAGAGUCAGUUGUUUUGAGUGUAUAUAUAUUUGUUGAGAUAUUUCUAUUGGAUUGUUGUGUCUAUAUAUAUACUGAGCAUUUUGUGUGCAAGUUUUACUGUGGUUGUAAAUUUCUAAAUAAAAUUUAUCCACGUUU